AUGAAAUCAGUUCUAUCGAAGCAUUCCGGUGGCAAAGCUGAUCACUACGUUGAUGAUGGUGACAAGCUUAAAUUUGGCCACGAGAGCCUUGAAGUGCGAACAACUCCUGGACAUACCGAUGGUAAACUGAUUGGUCGAUUGAACGUUGACUCUUAUGAUAUACUGGAUUGA